CUGAAAAAUUAUACCUGAAGAUGAGGGGGGAAAGGGAUGCGAGGGAUGAAAGGAAAGAAAGGAACGGGCGUACGAAAUUCGCGGUCGAGAAAGGUGGGAGGGGAACGGAGAAUCAGGCGCGAGAAGGACGGGGAACCCCCCGACCGAUGACGAGGGGUUUCGAGCUUGAACGAACGUUCCCGAACGGCGCACGCUCAAGCUAGUAGCGGGAGUCUCGAAGCGCGCGGCAAUCAGUUCGAAUCCGACAUUUCUCGACGAACCGCUCGCUCCUUUCUCUCUUUCGUUCUCGAUUUUUCGCGUCGCCGACGAUGACACGCCGGUUCUCGAAAACGUGCAGGUGAAACCACAUUCGGUAAAUAAACGUUUUCAACUACCUCUGGUGUUCCAUCGUUGAUAUCCAAAUAGUGAUCUUCAGGAACGAUUCACGUGGAACAAUUUUAAACAGGACCUGCUCUGCGUAUCAAGGAACUUCAAGAGCUAUCACGCGUCGUAUUGGUUGUGAAAUUUUUAUACGAAUUUUUCUGAAAGAUUAAUAAUGAUAUGGAUAAUGCGGUUUACUGAUUAUGUGUGCAGUGUUUUGCAUUCGUGCUUCUCGUCACGUUGAACGGCUCGCGAUCGAAUGUGCUGGGAAUGUAAACGCAUAAUUGCGACCGCACGAACGUACAUGUGGAGUAAUCUGACCUGCGUGGAUGAUUUCCUGAACCGAGCGUUCCAUAAACUAGGCCUGAUAGUCGGCCGUUAUCCUGGCUACUUCGUGGUUAUUCCGGUUCUAUUGGCCUGCAUCUGCUUCACCGGCUACCAGAGGAUCCAUUACGAGAUUGACCCGGAAUACCUGUUCUCACCGACCAACGGGCCGAGUAAAACUGAAAGGGCGAUCGUCGAACAAUACUUCAAAGUCAACUAUAGCCAUCACUUUGAUCUGAGCCGUAUCACCAGGCCAGGUCGAUUUGGACACGUGAUCGUAACGACAAAGGACGGGGACAAUAAUUUGUUGAGAAAAGCGGUGUUCGACGAGCUGCUGGAGUUGGAUCGACUGAUCAAAAGCGCGAAAGCUGUCUUCGAGGGUGAAGAGUUCACCUACAGUCAGAUUUGUGCCAGGUGGUUGGAUACUUGCUUCAGCAACAACAUUUUGGACCUGCAUCAUGUGAUAGAGGAUGUGGAGAAUAGAGAGCUGAACCUGACGUUCCCGGUGACGUUGAAUCCCGUCACCUGGGACAUCCACCUGCUACCGGUGUUCUUCGGAGGAAGCGUAAUCAACGAGGACCUGAUCAUCGAGUCCGUUCCAUCGUUGCAGCUCGCCUACUUCCUUGCCGCUGACAAUGCACGUCAGGAUGCGAUCGGAGCAACCUGGGAAGAAGCUUUCCUCGACGCCUUGAAGAAGGUCGAGGAUGAGGGUGUCUUCAAGCACAUAGCCACCGCCAGGUUCGCCUCUAGGACCUUGGAAUUGGAGCUGGAGGAGAACACUAAGACAAUUGUGCCUUACUUCUCCAGCACGUUCAUUCUGAUGGCUCUUUUCUCAGUGGUCACUUGUAUGAUGACUGAUUGGGUACGCAGCAAGCCUUGGUUGGGUCUUCUUGGAAACAUCUCUGCAGCGAUGGCCACUGUUGCUGCCUUUGGGCUGUGCAUUUACCUGGGUGUAGACUUCAUUGGUCUCAAUUUGGCUGCACCGUUUCUGAUGAUUGGAAUUGGAAUAGAUGAUACGUUUGUAAUGCUGGCAGCCUGGAGACGAACCAGUAUACUGAAACCGGUACCUGAAAGGAUGGCCGCGACUCUCAGCGAGGCUGCUGUGUCCAUCACGAUCACCUCUCUCACCGAUAUGAUUUCCUUUUUCAUUGGGAUACUAUCGCCUUUCCCUUCGGUGCAGAUUUUCUGUAUCUAUUCAGGUUUUGCGGUGGUUUUCACCUUUGUCUUUCACCUGACGUUCUUCACAGGAUGCGUGGCCAUCAGCGGCUACUGCGAGCAGAAGAAUCUCCACAGCAUCGUCUGCUGCAAAGUGCAGCCUCUAUCGAAAUCCUCGCACCGAUCUUGGUUGUACAGAGCAUUCUGCACCGGUGGAGUGGACCCCGACGACCCGUACAAUCCUGUGGACAAUCCUGAACACGGAUGCAUGAGCUGGUUCCGCGAUUACCUCGCCUCUGCGUUGAACUGUCGACCGGUCAAGGCGGUGAUCAUCUUUAUUUUCGGUUGCUACAUCGUUGGCGCCCUCUACGGACUGACGACUCUUCGAGAAGGCUUGGAUCGUCGCAAGCUUUCCAAGAACGAUUCUUAUUCGAUUAUUUUCUACGAUCGACAGGAUUACUACUUCAGGGAGUUCCCCUAUAGAAUACAGGUGGUGGUCAGUGGGGAAUACAACUACAAUGACCCAGUGAUUCAACAGCAAAUGGAGAACCUGACCAGAGCAUUGGAGGCCAGUAAAUACAUCAGCAGCGCUCCAAUUUAUACAGAAAGCUGGCUGCGAACUUUCCUCAGUUAUGUAAACAAUAAUCUAAAUGAAGUGGACGUCAAGGAUGAAAAGAGCUUCAUAAAGGUAUUGAAGGACACCUGGCUGUCCCCGAAGAACAGUUUCUCUCUGGACGUGAAAUUCGACGAGCAGGAAGAGCACAUCAUAGCUAGCAGAUUCCUGAUCCAAGCGGUGAAUGUGAGUGGGACCAAUCAGGAGAAGGAUAUGGUGAAGGAGCUGCGUCGAAUUUGUACUGACUCUCCCCUGAACGCCAGUGUAUUCCACCCUUACUUCGUCUUCUUCGACCAGUUCGAGCUGGUGAAGCCUACCAGCAUCCAGUGCAUGGUAUUCGGUGCUCUGAUCAUGAUGUUGAUCAGUUUCAUAUUCAUUCCCAACGUGUUGUGUUGUCUUUGGGUCGCUUUCUGCAUUAUUUCCAUCGAGCUGGGCGUCGCUGGCUACAUGGCCCUCUGGGACGUCAAUCUGGACAGCAUAUCCAUGAUCAACUUGAUCAUGUGCAUAGGCUUCAGCGUCGACUUCACUGCUCACAUCUGUUACGCCUACAUGAGCUCCAAACAGAAAUCACCUGAUGACAGAGUGAAGGAGAGCUUGUACAGCCUUGGUUUGCCAAUAAUCCAAGGCGCUGCAUCAACCAUUCUAGGGCUCAUAGCCUUGCUGCUUGCUGGGACCUAUAUAUUCAUGGUGUUCUUUAAGAUGGUCUUCCUGGUGAUCUUCAUAGGAGCCAUGCAUGGCAUGUUCCUCCUACCCGUUCUGCUGUCUCUCUUCGGUCCCUCCUCCUAUUCCAACGAGAGGAUAGAGAGCGAGAAGGCUCAGCAGCAGAAGAAAAUGCAAGAGAACGAUCUCUCCUCGAAGCUCCAGCAGCCCUAUGUGAUCCCUCACCCCACUCUGUCGUAUUAUCAGCCAUCAGGAGUUGCGAAGAGUCUUCAGGGAAGUCCUGCGACCAGUCUGGUCGCGUUCGAGGAAAGGGAUCUUGGUCUGGGCACCAGCGAGGACAGCAACUCGACGGAGAGUGGGUCCUCGCAGAGCAGGAGGCGGGAGGGCCAGGGGGAACAGGAGAACCAAAGGCGUCACGACGUCUGGAGGAGGUCCAUAGGGGUUCUCUAUGGCAUGUCCCAGUUUCAGACAGCCGCGCACCCUGCUGCACCCCCUCCAGACUACGCUGGCACGUUGCAAGAGCUGCAGGCUGAUCAGGACCGACGAGCCGUGAGGACGGUGCCCUAUGUCGGCUCCCACCCGGCCUAUCGGUCCGCCAAUCAGCUGCACAGGGAUCACAGGAGAAGCAGGUCGUACCAUAACCUCCAGCACCCGUCGAGGUACCUAUCCGACCCUCGGUAUCCUUAGAACGACCACUGAGCCCUGUGAGCCAUAAGCAGCACUCGGCGUGAUAGGACUCUGCGGUGCAUUUCUCUCUGGUAUUCUUCAAGUUUGUGACGAUUACCUAUAAAGAGGAUUCGGGACCAGGAUUUCGGUGAUCGUUCAUAUCACUAGGAUACAGUCUUACCGAAGAACGUACGAUUUCUGACGCAAGUUAACUCGAACCAAACACACCAAAUGAAAGAUUGUGACUAUGCUGUAGGUAAGUGCUGUCCAUGGGAGGGACGGAUGCUCUCUGGGACUCGUGGGGUGCACAUGGGACCAAAUCAGUGGACUUCACGGCUAGUGCGUGUCGAGAGUGAGUGGGAAAGUGUUUGGCUUUGUUAAUGUUCCCUGUUGAGACUCUCAUGGACAGCACUGCUCUAAGGCGUCUAUGCUCGGACCAGACCAAGACACUUCGAGGUUAGGAUAGGGUCGCUAUCAUGGACGAUUAUCGAGCAUCGACGAACAGUAUGCUUAGAGAAGCCUUCAAUCGAGGAAAGGGAAUACUCGUCUGUUUUCUAUCUUCUUUCCCCCCCGGUGUGUCCCUCGUUUGGGACUCAUCCAGAGAUUCCGGGGGGAAAGAAGCGAGGAAAGCUUCUCGAAGCUGAUAAUCUGUAAAUAUCUUUUGGCGAGUUUGCUGAAGGUGCAGGGAAGGGGUGAGAACUCGAUGGAUCUCGAGCUGCAUGCUCCGAGGAAACUUGGAAAGCGGAUUUCGUCGGAGCGCAUCUCUUUUCGAGGAAUUCAAGUGGAGCUUUAAACGAGCCAGUUCGGUUGUUCGAAGAGACUUGUUUGCACAACCGAGAAAUAUAAAUCUUUAGCGCUCAACGUGUACGACGUUAAGUUCCUUCUGAGUCUCAUAGGAGCGUAGAAACGUAUCGUUGUACAAUUUUGAAAAAUGUCUUGUGCUUUGUUUUUUAAAAAUGUACACCGAUGUGCUUGUAAUAAUGAGCGAAUUUAUUACAGUUUUUACUCGGAAUCUUUUGUCAGCUAGUUCUAUUAUAGCAUCGAACUCGUUCCCUUUCAAUUAUUCUUAGGAUUUCUUAUCGUGCGAGCAUUUAAUAAGAGUAGCAUGUAAUUGGCGGGAAUAUACUGUUAUCAAGUCACGUGGACGUUUAAAAUAUUUCAAAAUUUGAUUUGAACACGUUGGUUCCAUUCCUUUUUUUAAUUAUAAUUUCUGCCAUUGUAUAAUAUCCAUAAUAGAUUUUCUGAGCAGUGGUAAUUGAAGUUACGUGACUUGAUAAUGAUGUGGUACCGUUUUAACAAUCGUUCAAGAAAAGAACGACCACUUGCUCAAUGGAAAUCAAAACCAAAAGCGCAACAAUAGGGAGAUGAAUCCUUCGACUGUUAAAUUCCUUUUUGAAUUCGUUUCUCCGUCCUCGUGAAUAAAAAAUGAAUCUUUUUCAAAUGUAAACCUGAUUAAACGCUGGUGAAGCGUGUCGUGCCUUAUCAAAGUGUGUUUUAAACAAUUAAAUAAAACAAAAAAAUAUUCUUAGUUGAAA